GUCCAGUUCAAGGUCAAAGAGAGGAAAGGUACGCAGGGGCUCAAGCUCCAAAGUCUGGUCUGAAAUCGGUGUACGUACUCGACGUUACAGAAGCUAGAAGCAUGGGGCCGACGACAAACGCGAACAGCCAGCCUCUGUUGGUUGGCCUGCAGUCUCAUGCCCGGCUCAGGGAUUUGUCGUCGGAAGAGGUGGAGGAGUACUUGUCGCAUGAGCCAAUCGCUUGCGGAAGCUGGCCGCGGCUCAUUGCCUGGGAGUCCAGGUUCCUCUGGUGCCUUUCCGGGGCUUCCAUCGUCGUGCAGAUUUUCAACUUCAUGCUCAGUUUGGUAACCCAGAUGUUUACUGGGCAUCUGGGUGCCGUGCAGCUGGCCGGAGCGGCGAUUGCCAAUGUCGGGAUUCAAGGUUUUGCUUAUGGUAUCAUGUUGGGGAUGGCUAGUGCUGUGCAAACUGUGUGUGGCCAAGCUUAUGGAGCAAAGAAGUACGCAUCCAUGGGCAUCAUUUGCCAGAAAGCCAUCGUUUUGCAUUUGGGAGCAGCCUUCUUACUGUCAUUUCUCUAUUUCUUCUCGGGCGACUUCCUUCGAGCCAUCGGCCAGUCAGACGAAAUAUCAGCAGAAGGCCAAGUGUUCGCGCGUGGAUUGAUCCCUCAACUUUGGGCAUUCGCGCUGAAUUGUCCAAUGCAGAGGUUCCUUCAAGCUCAAAAUAUUGUCAACCCCUUAGCCUACAUAGCUGUAGGGGUUUUCCUCUUACAUAUGCUCCUCACAUGGCUGAUUAUUUUUGUAUUCAAGUGUGGCCUUCUGGGAGCAUCUCUUACCUUGAGUUUCUCUUGGUGGCUCCUUGUCAUCCUUACUGGGCUUUAUAUAAUCUUUAACCCAUCUUGCAAGCACACAUGGACUGGGUUCUCUAGAAAGGCCUUCAAGGGGUUAUGGUCCUACUUCAAGCUAACAGUUGCAUCUGCUAUCAUGCUGGUCUUGGAGAUAUGGUACAACCAGGGAAUUGUACUUAUAUCAGGCCUCCUCCCUAAUCCUACACUCUCACUGGACUCUAUUUCUAUUUGCAUGAACUACUUAACUUGGGACAUGAUGUUUAUGUUGGGUCUCAGUGCAGCAGCCAGUGUUCGCGUCGGUAAUGAGCUUGGGGCCGGUCAUCCGAAGGUCACCAAGUUAUCAGUAUUUGUCGUCAAUGCAACCAGCAUCACCAUCAGUGUGAUCUUCUCUGUAUUCGUUUUGCUAUGUCGCACUGCAUUAAGCAAGCUUUUCACUUCUAGUGAUGAAGUUAUUAGUGCAGUUAAGAGCUUGACUCCAUUGCUUGCAAUCUCAGUACUACUCAACGGCAUUCAGCCCAUUCUCUCAGGUGUGGCUGUUGGAAGCGGAUGGCAAGCCCUAGUGGCCUAUGUUAACCUCAGCACUUACUACGUUAUAGGUCUUCCUAUUGGUUGUGUUCUUGGAUUCAAAUUGGGCAUGGGAGUAAAUGGGAUUUGGUGGGGAAUGAUUUUGGGAGUUGGUCUACAGACAAUAACCCUCAUCAUCCUAACUGCCAGAACAAAUUGGAAUAAGGAGGUUGACAAAGCUGCUGAGCGCAUAAAGAGAUCAACUGAUGAAGAAACUCUAAGCUUAGUGGAAAGCGUUGCCUGAUCGUUCCUGGCUUGAAGAAAAUUUUCAUAGGAUGCAAUUAGCCCUCUUUUCUUGCACAAAUAUGAAAUGAGGUGCAGUUAGUUUUGAAGAUCAGCCGUUUGAACUUCCAAGCAUCAACAGAAAAUCACUUUAGCAAAAGCAAUCUGAUUAUGGAAGAGUAGUUGCUGCCAUCGUUGGAGAUUCUUUUUGUUUCCUCCUCUCCAACGCAUUGUAGUGAUGUAGAAACAAAUUCUCUGAUUAAUAUGCAAUUUACUAUUAAAAUUAUAAAAUAUAUUAUCUUAGCUUCUGUUUCUGCCUCCGGUUGAAAUUGUCCAUUAAAGGUUGUAGACAAUUGGCCCUUAUUGCUGCUUCUUGGUUGUGGGCCAUUUCUUUCAGUUGCAAGAAAGAGUUGUCAUUUGUAUCAAGCGGCAGACUGGUUACUGGUUAGCUCGUAAAGCUCUUAACAGUCGAGAGUGUAAUAGUGAAUUCAGGUUUAGUGAUGCAUAUGUAAGGGGAAGAGCUACCCCCAGAUUUGUGUAGCUCAUCUUUUUCUAUCAGAAAAAAAAAAAGAAUUGUCAUUUGCAUA